AUGAAUCCCUCUGCAUUUGAAACUCAAUUCUUUGAGCAAUCUUUGCUCAAGUGUAAUGUGAUUUGGAAUGGUGAUGCCCAUCAAUCCACAAGCUCAGGAGAAAUGGUUUCAGAUACAGGAGAAGCCAAAUGCAAAGGGAAAAGCAAGGGGCAAUGGACGCCGGCUGAAGACAGUUUAUUACUUCAUAUGGUGGAGAAAUAUGGGCAGCAGCAGUGGGCAAGGAUAGCGACUAAUCUACCAGGUCGCAGAGGUAAACAAUGCCGGGAGAGGUGGCAGAAUCAUCUCAGACCAGAUAUCAAGAGGGAGGAGUGGAGUUUGGAAGAAGAAUGCCUACUGGUAAAACUACACAAGCAGUUUGGAAACAAGUGGGCUCAAAUUGCAAGGCGGCUUCCAGGGCGCCCAGAAAAUGCCAUCAAGAACCACUGGAAUGCAACUCUCCGCAGCAAGAACCGCCGCAAGCCUCGGAAGGUGGGUGAAAGCCCUUCUGUUCUACAUGAUUAUAUUCAGCGGAUCCAUCCCCUCCACCACCCCACCACUCUUUCUCCACCAACAACCAGCCAGGAUGGGGAUGAGCUUCAGAGGAUGUUCAUCAAUAUUUAUGAUGAUUAUGUUUGUCAAACAGAAAUAGCAUCACCAACAGAAGAUGGCUCUCGUGAUCUUUUACAGGAUGUGGUCGGAAUGACACUUCAACAGAACCACCACCAAAACAACAACAAUAACAACAACAACCACGACCACCACCCCCACCACCUCAUUCACCACCACCCCCACCACCUCGCUCACCAUCACAACCACCACCACCCUCACCACAUUGCCUCUCCUCCCCUCACCUCACUCCAAUCUAACUUCUCUUCACCUCAUCUAGGCCAUGACAUUGAUCUUUUUGAAUUGGUUUCUGCAUCAGUAAUGUCUUAAUCGGUCAAGGGGCCCUAUCCAAACUAGGCUGUUGAACAUAUACAGCUAGUAUAUUGUUUGUUAUUCUUGGGUUUGACCUUCAAAUUAAUAAAUAACGUACCAGUUGUUUGCAUUAGACCCACAGCAACCCCACCAUUGUUGGAUAAAUUGAUA